GUAAUUUGCCGUGAUCAAAGAAGCACCUCGACUCUGUGGAUAUGUAUACUGUGCUGUGCAUGUGAACGCUGUAUUGUGUGAGGAUGUAAACAAACCGGAUGGCUGUAUUAUGUCUACGGUAUCUUCUAAACUUGGAUAUAACGUCAUAGUAAAUCUCGUGACCCUACGUGUUUUUGAAUGAUUUGUACUGCACAGGGGCAUCGGUUUCGGCCGCCCAUGCCCCGGAAAAUUCGCCCAAAAACUCCCGGCGAUAAAAAGGAGCCCAAAACAGAAGGUCCACAGUCCAUUCACAGAAGGAAUUUCCAGUGGGCCAGCUAUCCAGUGCUUUUACUGUUCAGCUUACUUCGUUUUAUUGUGUUCCAGCUGUGGAUUCUCAUAACUGAGGCUGUUUCUCGAGUCAGUGGACGGGAGAGUUUCGGCAUGGUCGACAGCAGCAAGACGGGUUAUGGUCCUCUGAAAAACGACAUGGAGGAUAAUGGGAAUGCUAUGACUGGAGUAACAAUUAAUCCUUCAUCGUCUUCCAAUCCAACAUCUAAUGGAACUAAGCUUGAUCCACAGUUAUCAAAGCAGAAACAACAUCAUAAAAGAGCAUUUGAGUAUUUAACUAAAGCUCUAAAAAUAGACGAGGAAGAUAAAGGUGGUAAUAAACGUCAAGCAAUUGAGUACUAUAGGAAGGGAGUUGAUGAGCUCGAGAAGGGUAUUGCUGUGGACUGCAGUAAACCAGGAAUAGAAUGGGAGAAAGCCCGUAAAAUACAAGAAAAGAUGAAGAAAAACCUUACGAUGGCAAAGGAAAGAUUGAACAUCUUAAUAAGAGAAGCAUCACACCGAUCAUCUCCAAAGCUACUUCACAAAGCAACCACAGGUAUAUCAUCCAAGAAUAGCAAUAGAACUAGGAGUCCUGCUAGAACUCUACCUCAUUUACCAAGAUCAGAUUCACUUCCAGAGUCUUCUGUUCCAUCACAACCCAAGGUCAAAGGUCACACCUCAACAGGAAAGAAGGAUCUCCGAUCACCAACCAGAUCAAUUCCUCCUGUCAAAGAUAUGAAACAGACUAUAUCAAGAUUGAAGAAUGUGGAUUCUAAGCUUGCUAAUAGAAUAUUAGAUGAGAUCUUAGACAGUGGACCUAAGGUUACAUUUAAUGAUAUUGCUGGACAGGAGGCAGCAAAACAAGCCCUUCAAGAGAUAGUGAUCCUACCAGCUUUAAGACCAGAACUCUUCACAGGCCUCAGGGAACCUGCAAGAGGUCUACUGCUCUUUGGACCACCAGGGAAUGGCAAGACAAUGCUGGCCAAGGCAGUUGCUAAUGAAUCUAAUGCAACUUUCUUCAACAUUAGUGCUGCAACACUAACAUCCAAGUAUGUAGGAGAAGGGGAGAAAUUAGUAAGGGCACUCUUCGCAACAGCUAGGGAACUGCAACCAUCGGUAAUAUUUAUGGAUGAAAUUGAUUCUUUACUGACUGAGAGAAGAGAAGGAGAGCAUGAUGCAAGCAGAAGAUUAAAAACAGAAUUCUUGGUGGAGUUUGAUGGUGUGAAAGCAGAUGGGAGUGAGCGAAUCCUUGUGAUGGGAGCAACGAAUCGACCACAAGAACUUGAUGAUGCUGUUCUUAGAAGAUUGGUGAAAAGAGUUUAUGUCCAAAUGCCUGACCAAAAUGCUCGGAAAGAAUUGAUCAAGCAGUUGCUGAAGAAGAAUAAUAACCCAUUGACUGAUGCAGAUCUUACAAGAUUGGCAGAGUUUACAAAAGGAUACUCAGGAAGUGAUCUUAAUGCCUUGGCUAAAGAUGCUGCUCUAGGACCUAUCAGAGAACUUGGACUAAAUGGUGUCAAGUCAACCAGUGCAGAACAGGUACGAAGCAUCACGUUGUCUGAUUUCUAUGAUUCCCUGAAGAGGAUACGGCGGAGUGUACCUCAAGAUUCUAUCAAUCUCUACGAAGACUGGAACAAGAAUUAUGGAGAUAUCUCAUCUUAUUAAACUAUGCCCUUUGAAGAAUACUCAACAUUGACCUCUUAGUUACUGAAAUCAUAUGAUGUUUAACUCAACAAGGGUAUUCACUUUGAGAAUGGACUUGGUGAAUAAGAACACAGAGCAUUUCAGAAAAGAAUUUGACAAAUACCUUGUUGUCAACUAGUUUGUUUUACAUACAAAAUACAUAGGCCCAUAUCUUGAAAUCUGGUUUAACUUAAACCAUCAUGGUCUAGGUCUGUGGUUUAAAUUGUGAUAU